CCCCUCCCCCGUCCACAUCGCUCGGUCAUUGAAGCUCGGAGCGGCAGCCCCGCAGCCCGGUUCAGCCGCCCUUUACCACCGACAUAGGAUGCUGUAGCUGUCACCUAAGAACUUGCUGACUGUUGCGGUGUGGCCUUCAAAGGUCAAAGUGAUGCUCCUGGCAGCUCCACUGUGAUCUCAGUCGCUGCAGUUUCCACAGAGACAAGUCAACAGUGGGCAGAGAGCGGUCAAGUCGCAGGAAGAUGACAUCGCCGUCGCCGACUCACAGUGACAGCAGCGGCUCCUCUAAACAUGACAGCAACCAGGACAGCUGGGAAAUUGUUGAGGGGCUCAGGGGGAUUCCUGCCAGCAUGCAGGAGCCUGACAAACAGGAGGGUCUCCUGCUCAAGAGGAGGAAGUGGCCCAUGAAGGGAUGGCAUAAGAGGUACUUUGUGUUGGAGAAAGGCAUCCUGAAGUAUGCAAAGCGUGGAACUGAUCUUAAGAAAGGAAAGCUCCAUGGCUGCAUUGAUGUCGGACUCUCCGUCAUGUCUAUCAAGAAAAAAGCCAUGUGCAUUGACCUCGAUACAGAGGAUAACAUCUAUCACCUAAAGGUGAAGUCUCCGGAGCUGUUUGAGGAGUGGGUGUCAAAGCUGCGUCAUCAUCGAGUCUUCAGGCAGAACGAAAUUGCUAUGUAUCCCCACGAGAGGCACCUUUUCCACCCCCACGCUAGUUCCUCCCCCUCGCUUAACGACUCCCUAAGAAAAAGGAAUACUCUUACUAAGCAGGCGUCAAUCCAUCAGGCAAAGGUCAGCUCCUGGCUCCACUCCUCGGAGGACAUGGACAAGUGCUGCAAAGACUUGGAGGAGUGUGAAUCGUAUUUGCUGGAGCUUAAUCUGCUGCUGAAGAGCAUGGAGGUACUUCACCGGACUUACUCAGCUCCAGCCAUUAGUGCGCUACAAGCAUCUACUUAUGACAUUCCUAAGAAGGAGAAGCGACCAAGAAGAUGGAGGUCCAAGAAUAAUGGGAAAGAAUCUAAAGCCACACUACAGGUCCCAAGCUGUAUCUCCUCCAAAUCCCCUCGUCUCCAUGCCUCCAACCCUAACCUGUCGACCACUGAGCCCAACACACAGGAAGUCUGUCCAGAAUCCCCAGACUCACCUACAGAGGUGUCCCGUCUCCAGGAGGACUUCUGCAGGCUGGCCAACAACAUUCACACCACACUGAAAUCAGCGUUUAGUUCUCUGGUCACAGAAAGAGACAGACUGAGGCACACCAUCGACCUGCAGGCCCCUCAGUCGGUGCAGGUCAUGGGGCUGAAAGCUCCCUACACCUCAGAAUGUCCUGCUGGCUCCCACUCCUUAGUCCAUCAGGUGUCUAAUGAGAGCAAGGCAUCUAUCCCAGAGUCUAUAUCUGAGUUCUUUGAUGCUCAGGAAUACCUGCUUUCCUCCUCAUCCUCUGAAAAUGAGGUGUCUGACGACGACUCGUACAUCAGUGAUGUCAGUGACAGCGUCUCCAUGGAUACCUACAGCAACGAGGGAGGCAGUGAGAGACACAACUCUGUUAGCAGCAUGGUACGCCUUGUCCGUCGGCGUUCGACGCUCCCCUCUCCUUCUCCCACCAGCAGUGUGAGUCUGUGGAACAUCCUGAGGAACAAUAUUGGUAAAGACCUGUCCAAAGUGGCCAUGCCGGUACAACUCAAUGAGCCGCUCAACACCCUGCAGAGGCUGACUGAGGAGCUGGAGUAUAGUGAGCUGCUGGAUACCGCCAACCAGACGCAGGACCCUUAUCAGCGCAUGGUGUACAUUGCCACCUUCGCAAUAUCUGCAUAUGCAUCCACUUACCAUCGGGCAGGAAGUAAACCUUUUAACCCUGUCCUGGGAGAGACGUUUGAAUGCGACAGACCUGAUAAAGGCUUCAGGUUUAUAGCUGAACAGGUGAGUCAUCACCCACCUGUGUCAGCAUGUCACUGUGAUUCAAGGAACUUCAGCUUUUGGCAAGAUAUCCGAUGGAAAAAUAAAUUCUGGGGAAAAUCUAUGGAAAUAGUUCCCAUGGGAACCACCCAUCUUACAUUACCUGCAUUUGGGGACCACUACGAAUGGAACAAAGUGACGUCGUGUAUCCAUAACAUCCUGAGCGGCCAGCGUUGGAUUGAACACUACGGAGAAAUGGCCAUCAAAAAUCUCAGCAGUGAUGGCUGCCAGUGCAAAGUCACAUUUGUCAAGGCAAAAUCGUGGAGUUCCACAGUGAAUGAGAUUGAAGGUGUCAUUACGGAUUCAAGAGGAAAAGUGGUACAUUCCAUAUUUGGGAAAUGGAAUGAGGCAGUGUUUCAAGGAGACCCACCCUCUGCCACAUGUAUCUGGAGAGCAAACCCCAUGCCGUUGGACCAAGAACAGUACUACGGCUUCACACAGUUUGCAGUAGAGUUAAAUGAGAUGGAUGACACCUUAAGGUCCUUACUGCCCCCAACAGACACCCGGUUCAGACCAGACCAGAGGCUCCUGGAAGAGGGGAACAUAGACGGAGCUGAGGAGCAGAAACAGAGAAUCGAGCAGCUCCAGAGGGAGAGGAGGAAAGUGCUGCAAGACAACAACAUGACACACCAGCCACGCUUUUUCAAGAAGUCCAAGGACGACACUUGGGUGAGCAACAACACAUACUGGGAGAUGCGUCGGGAUCCUGGCUUCAGUAAAAUGGACUUCCCUGUGUUAUGGUGACGUCUGCAUCACGACAUGUAUGGAUAGAGAAACAAGUAUGAACCUGAACUCAGACCUGCCUCAAAGUGUCAGGACCUGGUUAACGCAACAAUAACCAAGACCAGUAUGGACUUCGUCUUUCUGGACCAAGCAGAGCCUGGAGAACAUGUGUUGGUUUUCUUUCUGUCGUCUGUUCUAUCAGUUUAUUUGUAAGGGUUUUCCUUAGUCAUUAUUGUAACUGUGAGCUACACAGUGUCCAUGUAGACAAAAGUUUGUAUCCUUUUGGGGUUUUUUUUGCAUCUGAGCAUUUACCAAAGUGCCUUUUAAUGCAGAGCUGCACCCGGUCGGCUACUGCAGCUGUUAUGCAAAAAGAAAAAACAGACAAAAAACACUUAUACACGAAAUGUUAAAAAUGUUUUGAUGAUGACCGUAUGAUAUGUGAUUUUACUGGAAAACAAAAGGCUCGGUAUCGAAACUUCCUUUGGCUUUUGGUCCAUUCUGUCUCCGCAUCAACUGCCGAAAUGUCUGAUUUCUGGACUAAAAUAUAAAAGUUGUGACCUGAGCCUCUUCAGUACGUUGCCUUGUUAUAGUCAUGAAUUGCAGAAGGACUUCGGCUACAGUUUACCACUGAGGUAAACAGCAAUAAGAUGACAUUGUCAAAAUGAUAAUAAACCACUUUGGUUGAACAAGGA